AUGGCUGCAAAUGAGUUCUACAACACCCGGCCCUCGCAGCCACAAUACUACAGUAACAGCAACAGCAACAGCUAUGACGACGACCGUCAUCAAGGGGUAGCGUCGCCAGCUCCUUCGACAUAUCCCCCGUCCUACACCACCGACGCGCCACAACUACCUACACAGACAUAUGCGGACCGACCGACCGGGGUAUCGCCAUUUCAAACCCCUUUCGAUGAUCACGUUUACCCGGCCAACCCCAACCCAAACUCACACCCACACUCUCACUCUCCUGUCGACGCCAUGAGCAGUCAGCACAGCUUCGCCCAGGACACCAGAUACCACAGUCCCGCCCCGGGCAGUGUCUCCCCCGUGGGUGACGACAUCCCCCUGCGCCAGCACCCCGACAACAGCAACAAGAUCGGCCCCUCGGGCUUCGCCAUGGAUUCGACCGAUCACGUCUACGACGCCGCCGACGACAGCGGGCUCCGCCGCGGUGCGCAGGACCGGUCCGCUGGCAAGGGCAAGGACAAGGUCCGCUUCGGAGAACUGGGUAUGCUGGGCUCGGGCAAGAGGCGCAUCCCCAUAUUUGUUUACCUCUUCUCGGUCAUCCAGAUUGCCGUCUUCAUCGGGGAGCUCGUCAAAGCAGCCCAGCUGACUGGCAGCCCUAUCCAGACCCAGCCGUCCUUCAACCCCAUGAUCGGCCCCUCCUCCUACGUCCUCAUCAAUAUGGGCUCUAGAUAUGUCAUCUGCAUGCACCGCGUUCAGAACGUCACCAAUUACGAUGGCAGGGGAAACAUCAGCUGGCCUUGUCCUUGGAGCACCACCAGCGAUUCCAGCUCAGCCGACAACCAGUGUACCCUAUCCCAGCUUUGCGGCUUUGGUGGCGUACCUGACCCUCCCACCGCCAACGCCACCGUCUCCUUCGACGACGCCGCCUUUCCCAACCAGUGGUGGCGCUUCAUCACCGCCAUGUUCAUGCACGCCGGCAUCGUCCACAUUGGCUUCAAUCUGCUGCUGCAACUCACCCUGGGAAAGGAGAUUGAACGAGCCAUUGGUUCCAUUCGCUUCUUCCUUGUCUACAUAAGCUCGGGUAUAUUCGGCUUCGUCAUGGGUGGGAACUUCGCUGCCGUCGGUAUCUCGUCUACCGGUGCCUCGGGUGCGCUUUUCGGUAUCAUUGCCCUGACCCUGCUUGACCUGCUGUACUCGUGGAAGGAGAGGCAAAACCCUGUCAGGGAGUUGAUGUUCAUCUUGCUCGAGGUUGUCAUUUCUUUCGUCCUGGGACUGCUGCCCGGUCUAGACAAUUUCUCUCAUAUUGGAGGGUUUCUCAUGGGCCUGUGCCUCGGAAUAUGCGUUCUACAUUCACCCAAUUUCCUACGCCAGAAGAUUGGCGAGGACCACUUCACCGGGCCCUCCUAUUCUAGCGUCAACAAUGCCCAUAACGGCAUUACGAGCGUCGCCUUUCCUCCCUUCCUUCGAAACCCCGUCGGUUUCUUCAAGGGGAGAAAGGCUCUGUGGUGGGCAUGGUGGUUGGUCCGAGCAGGUUUCCUUGUCGGCAUCAUUGUCAUCUUUAUCGUUCUCCUUAACAACUUUUAUACUUACCAAAAUACAUGCAGCUGGUGCAAGUAUUUGAGUUGCUUGCCUGUGAAUGGCUGGUGUGACACGAGUCUGUUCAGUUCUUGA